GGAAGAGACCGCCCCGUGGGCGGAAGUGACGCAAGGCCUACUGUUGGCAGUGAGGGUAGGUGUAGCCGGUCUUUGGGGGUAGGCGGUAGUGGCGGAAGAGGUUCGGCGGCUGAUGGCGGAUCAGGAUCAGAAGCCUGUGUAACUUUCUCCCUUGGUCCGGGAGUCUUUCCACUGGAUUCACAAUGACAUCCUUUCAAGAAGUCCCAUUGCAGACUUCCAACUUUGCCCAUGUCAUCUUUCAAAAUGUGGCCAAGAGUUACCUUCCUAAUGCACACCUGGAAUGUCAUUACACCUUAACUCCAUAUAUUCAUCCACAUCCAAAAGAUUGGGUUGGUAUAUUCAAGGUUGGAUGGAGUACUGCUCGUGAUUAUUACACGUUUUUAUGGUCCCCUAUGCCUGAACAUUAUGUGGAAGGAUCAACAGUCAAUUGUGUACUAGCAUUCCAAGGAUAUUACCUUCCAAAUGAUGAUGGAGAAUUUUAUCAGUUCUGUUAUGUUACCCAUAAGGGUGAAAUUCGUGGAGCAAGUACACCUUUCCAGUUUCGAGCUUCUUCUCCAGUUGAAGAGCUGCUUACUAUGGAAGAUGAAGGAAAUUCUGACAUGUUAGUGGUGACCACAAAAGCAGGCCUUCUUGAGUUGAAAAUUGAGAAAACCAUGAAAGAAAAAGAAGAACUGUUAAAGUUAAUUGCCGUUCUGGAAAAAGAAACAGCACAACUUCGAGAACAAGUUGGGAGAAUGGAAAGAGAACUUAACCAUGAGAAGGAAAGAUGUGACCAACUGCAGGCGGAACAAAAGGGUCUUACUGAAGUAACACAAAGUUUAAAAAUGGAAAAUGAAGAGUUUAAGAAGAGGUUCAGCGAUGCUACAUCCAAAGCCCUCCAGCUUGAGGAAGAUAUUGUGUCAGUAACACAUAAAGCAAUUGAAAAAGAAACUGAGUUAGACAGUUUAAAGGACAAACUCAGGAAGGCACAACAUGAGAGAGAACAACUUGAAUGUCAGUUGAAGACAGAGAAGGAUGAGAAGGAACUUUAUAAGGUACAUUUGAAGAAUACAGAAAUAGAAAAUACCAAGCUUAUGUCAGAGGUCCAGACUUUAAAAAAUUUAGAUGGGAAUAAAGAAAGCAUGAUUAUUCAUUUCAAAGAAGAGAUUGGCAGGCUGCAGUUAUGUUUGGCUGAAAAGGAAAAUCUGCAAAGGACUUUCCUGCUUACAACCUCAAGUAAAGAAGAUACUUUUUUUUUAAAGGAGCAACUUCGUAAGGCAGAGGAACAGGUUCAGGCCACUCGGCAAGAAGUUGUUUUUCUGGCUAAAGAACUUAGCGAUGCUGUCAACGUACGAGACAGAACAAUGGCAGAUCUGCAUACUGCACGCUUGGAAAAUGAGAAAGUGAAAAAGCAGUUAGCUGAUGCAGUGGCAGAACUUAAACUGAAUGCUAUGAAAAAAGAUCAGGACAAGACUGAUACACUGGAACACGAACUAAGAAGAGAAGUUGAAGAUCUGAAACUCCGUCUUCAGAUGGCUGCAGACCAUUAUAAAGAAAAAUUUAAGGAAUGCCAAAGACUCCAAAAACAAAUAAACAAACUUUCAGAUCAGUCAGCUAAUAAUAAUAAUGUCUUCACAAAGAAAAUGGGGAAUCAACAGAAAGUGAAUGAUGCUUCAGUAAACACAGACCCAGCCACUUCUGCCUCUACUGUAGAUGUAAAGCCAUCACCUUCUGCAGCAGAGACAGAUUUUGACAUAGUAACAAAGGGGCAAGUCUGUGAAAUGACCAAAGAAAUUGCUGACAAAACAGAAAAGUAUAAUAAAUGUAAACAACUCUUGCAGGAUGAGAAAGCAAAAUGCAAUAAAUAUGCUGAUGAACUUGCAAAAAUGGAGCUGAAAUGGAAAGAACAAGUGAAAAUUGCUGAAAAUGUAAAAUUUGAACUAGCUGAAGUACAGGACAAUUAUAAAGAACUUAAAAGGAGUCUAGAAAAUCAAGCAGAAAGGAAAAUGGAAGGUCAGAAUUUCCAGAGUCCUCAAUGUCUCAACACAUGCUCAGAGCAAAAUGGUUAUGUUCUAACACUAUCAAAUGCACAACCAGUUCUGCAAUAUGGUAAUCCUUAUGCAUCUCAGGAAAUAAGAGAUGGAGCAGAUGGUGCUUUUUACCCAGAUGAAAUACAAAGGCCACCUGUGAGAGUCCCCGCUUGGGGACUGGAAGACAAUGUUGUCUGCAGCCAGCCUGCUCGAAACCUUAGUCGACCUGAUGGCUUAGAGGACCCUGAGGAUAGCAAAGAAGAUGAGAAUGUGCCUACUGCUCCUGAUCCUCCAAGUCAACACUUACGUGGGCAUGGGACAGGCUUUUGCUUUGAUUCCAGCUUUGAUGUUCACAAGAAGUGUCCCCUCUGUGAGUUAAUGUUUCCUCCCAACUACGAUCAGAGCAAAUUUGAAGAACAUGUUGAAAGUCACUGGAAAGUGUGCCCGAUGUGCAGCGAGCAGUUCCCUCCUGACUAUGACCAGCAGGUGUUUGAAAGGCAUGUGCAGACCCAUUUUGAUCAGAAUGUUCUAAAUUUUGACUAGUUACUUUUUAUUAUGAGUUAAGACAGUUUAGCGGUAAAAAAAAAAAAAAUCACCUAAAAUAGACCACUGAGGAGACCAUAGAGUGAUGCUUUCAUGCACCCUCUAUUGCACUUUCUGACCAGGAGCUACUUUGAGUUCGGUGUUACUAGGAUCAGGGUCAGUCUUUCGUUUAUCAAUAAAUUUUAAUCUGUUAAUCUUACUUGCUUUAAAACAAAGUUCUUGUGUGUUCUUAUCUUUAUUUAUUCCCUAGUUUGCAGAAUUGUCUGAAUAAAGGAUACAAGGAUUAUUUCAAUGUUACUGCACUGAAAAAUGUGUAUGUAUUAGUGUGCUACAUUAUUUAGCAGAAUAUUCACAAGUUUCUGUUGACCUUGUUGAUUGAGCAUGACUACUAAAUAUUAUGUAAUAAAAAGCAUUUAUCAUAACAGUCUUGUGAAGUAGUUCUUCAAAUACAGAGAGUUCUAUAAUUUAGCCCAUGAAAUGAUAGGUUUUUAAUUUCCAGAAAUGGAGCUGCAUGUAGAAUGAGAUCACAUGCUUUUUAUAUGUGAAAUGUUGGUUUUAGCAAUUAACAGAAGGCAUAUUUUGCUAAUUUUAUGACAAAAUUUUAGAAUAACCUGAAUGAUUAUUUUUAAACUAUCUUAAAGUUGUAUGUAUAUAUCUAAUGGGAAAAUGGAACAAGAGAUGUCAAUAUCAUUGUUUUCCUAUUAAAUGAUCUCAUAACAGGGGUGUUUGUGGCAUAAAAUCACAGAAUAUAUAUCAGUAUCUUUUUUACAUUUUCCUGAUGAGAAUAUAAAUUUGAAAUAUUCUCAGUAAGUGAUUAAAAGUACAAUGCAUAAACCCAAAUCAAAGUAAUGUGUUUCUUCAGUUAUGUCUGUGCUGUAUAGAACUCUCACUAACAUUAAAGAACGAGGACACAUUUU